CGGCCCCGUGCAGAGUCCCGAGCGUGCCGGCUACCGAGUGGCUGCGGCCUCUCUCGCUGCGGCCGGGUCUGUAGCCUGACAGGUCCUUGAGCCGAGAAGCAUGAACCGCAGCCGCCAGGUGACAUGCGUGGCCUGGGUCCGCUGCGGCGUGGCCAAAGAGACGCCAGACAAGUGCAUUUUCAGGCGUAACUGGGAAGAGAGCACAGCUGGGAAAACUCCACUUUCCACUCCUGUGCUCGGUGUUCGACGGAGUAAGGAUGAAUGUGGUGUAGAAAAACGGGUGUGCAGGCUAAGAUGUCUCCCUUUUUCCAAUCUUUCAGUUUACAAUCAAGAAGAAGACUCUUUUUAUGUGCACCAUGAUAUACUCUUGUCUGCAUAUCCUCUGUGUGUGGAAUGGCUGAAUUUUGAUCCUAGCCCAGAUGAUUCUACUGGAAAUUAUAUUGCAGUGGGAAACAUGACCCCUGUUAUUGAAGUGUGGGACCUUGAUAUAGUGGACUCUUUAGAACCAGUAUUCACACUUGGAAGUAAGCUUUCAAAAAAGAAGAAAAAGAAAGGAAAGAAGAGUUCCUCAACAGAAGGGCAUACUGAUGCUGUCCUUGACCUUUCAUGGAAUAAGCUAAUCAGAAAUGUGUUGGCAAGUGCAUCAGCUGACAGUACUGUAAUUCUGUGGGAUAUGUCCUUGGGGAAACCAGCAGCUAGCCUUGCCGUACACACAGACAAGGUCCAGACUCUGCAGUUUCAUCCAUUUGAAGCACAGACUCUGAUUUCUGGAUCAUACGAUAAGUCAGUGGCUUUGUACGACUGCCGAAGUCCAGAUGAAAGCCAUCGAAUGUGGCGAUUCAGUGGGCAGAUUGAGAGAGUGACUUGGAAUCACUUUUCACCUUGUCAUUUUUUGGCCAGUACAGAUGAUGGCUUUGUAUAUAAUUUGGACGCACGGUCAGAUAAACCAAUUUUUACACUUAAUGCCCACAAUGAUGAAAUUUCUGGUCUUGAUCUAAGCAGUCAAAUCAAGGGCUGUCUUGUGACUGCUUCAGCAGACAAAUAUGUGAAGAUCUGGGACAUCUUAGGAGAUAGGCCAAGUCUAGUUCAUUCUAGGGACAUGAAAAUGGGAGUUCUCUUCUGUUCUUCAUGUUGCCCUGAUUUGCCAUUUAUUUAUGCCUUUGGAGGUCAGAAAGAAGGGCUUCGGGUCUGGGAUAUAAGCACAGUCUCAUCAGUAAAUGAAGCAUUUGGAAGACGAGAGAGGCUUGUUAUCAGCAAUGCAAGAAAUUCAUCUAUUAGUGGCCCUUUUGGAAGCAGGAGCUCAGAUACACCAAUGGAGUCUUAAUGAAGAUCAUAUAUGUUGCAUUUCUUAAAAAGAAUAAAAAAGAUUUUAAAAAGUAAUUCCUUAAACAUGCCAUCUGUCACAG